UGUUAUUGUUUUUUGGCUCUUUAUCGAAUGUUGGAUGUUAUUUGUUUUUUCAAUUAAAUUAAAAUUGUUUUUAGUUAAAUAUGCAGGUUGAGAACGCAAAUGCAAGCAAUUCUAUCCUGCUUGAUGCUACGUGUUCAGCGUAUAAUUGCAGUCAUAAAAUAAGCGAUACCAAUGAAGGAGUUUCCUUUCACCGAUUCCCUUUGUCAAAACCUGAUCUACUUACUAAAUGGCUUGCUGCAAUGAAAAAGGAUAAAUGGGUUCCAACUAAAAGUGAUGUUUUAUGCAGCUCUCAUUUUACUGAUGAUCAGUUUGUUGAGAAUUGUGGUCAUAGAUUUUUAGCACCCAAUGCAGUUCCAUCAAAAUUUGAAGUUUUAGCUCCUCCUAAAAAACUGUUUCCAAGUGAAUGGUCAGCUCGUCUCUUAACCAUAAGGGAUAUUGAAUGUGACAAUCGUAAAGGUUAUGUAGUAGAAGCUCGCAUUCCUCUUGUUAAUAAGGAACAGUUUACAGAAUGGUUGAGUGCUCAUGAAAAAUUAGCUAAAGUCUCCUAUGUUUUAUUACGUAAUUAUCCAACCACCAGUAAAAACUUGGCAUAUAAGGCUGAGUAUGUUUGUAUGUAUGGUUCUGCAAAUGAUCGCUUGAAAACUGAUAAGCCUUGUCCAGCAAGAUUGUUGGUUAGAAUCAGAGCUGAUCCAAAAUUCAGAUACAGUGUGCCUACAUCCCAAGAUAAUAUAUCACUUGUGGGAUAUCCAUGCAACGUUGUUCUAUACCAUCUUCACAAUCAUAGCAUUGGUUCUAAUAUAAUUGAAACUAACAUUGUUCCUUCUGAAGAAGUAUCAACUGUAGUAAAGCAAAAGUUUAUAGAGAUGUUCAAAGGUGGUUACACAGUUGAUAUGGCUCUAACCACACAUCAAAAAGAUCUGUUUGAAGAGUAUACUGAUGAAUAUGAUGAGGUAUUAACUGAUGCUUAUGUUUGUCCAAAUAUAGAAUGGCUGACAAAAUUUUAUGAAAACUUCUUAGAAGAGUUUGACUGGAAUGAAACCAAAGUAGUUAGCAUCUUGAAAGAAGAAAUAGAAGAUAUCAAUGCUUCCAAAGGCAGUGCCACAAUGAGUACGAUUGGAGAUGAUAUAAUUGUUGUUUUGUCAACUCCUUUGAUGCAGAGAGCUCAUUCCAUGAAAUCCUCUGGUGAAGUUGUAUUUGUUGAUAAUUCAGGCUAUUUGGACCGAUGCCGAUGCUAUGUUUAUGUAGUUAUGGCAUACAGUUGCACAGAAGGUUUGCCUUUGGGACUUCUUAUUACUACUUCAGAUAGUGAGGAAAUUCUCACUGCUGGUUUUAAAUUACUUGCAGAAACACUGCCAGAUAAAGCUUUUGGAUCAUUUGGUCGACAGGGUCCAGAAGUAUUUCUGACUGCCAACAAUGAUGCUUUACAAAACAGUCUGAAAAAUGUUUAUCCUGAAAGUGCAGUUUUGCUGUGUGCUUAUAAUAUGUCUCAUGAACUAUGGCGGUGGCUGUGGAAUCCUGAAAAUGGAAUUGAUGAAUCAGACAGAUGUAUGCUUUUCUCUCUUGCAUACAAGAUUAUGCAAACUAAAACUGUUGAAGAGUUUACAGAGCUUAGUGAGGCCCUUAAUACUAAUGAAGUUGUUCAGAAGUAUGAAAACUUUAAACAACAUUUUGAAGAAAUAAAAAGCCUGUCUGAUCGUUGGGCUGUUUGCUUCAAAAAUGAGAUCUUGGACAAAGACAAGGAAAUCAGUGGUAUAGAAAUGGCAAGUCAUGUCUUGAAAGAUAAGGUUUUUCUAACCAAAUGUUAUAACAUAUUGCAACUCUUAAAAUAUUACACUGAUACCAUGGAAACAUAUUAUAGACAGAAAAUCAUUCAUUGCAUUAAUAACACUUUAGAAACUUUUCUGUUAUCGUCAUUUCAACCUGAAAUGAGAGAGACUUCAGACCUCACUGCUCAACUAUUGCCUACUGGAGAAUUUGAAAUUAAGAAUGUGAAAAGUGGCAAAUCUUACUAUGUUGAUAUGAACAUAUGUGUUUGUUCUUGUACCCUGGGUUUGAAUGGUGCACGAUGCAAACAUUUGUAUGCCGUAUGUGUUACAAAAAAAGUUGACUUCAGUAGUUCUGUGCCUAAUGAUGAUAUAAUCAAAAAAGAAUUAUUCUGGAUUGCUACUGGAACAAUGAAAACGGGAACCUUUGAUAUACAGAUGGAAGUUGAUGACGAAAGUGAAUCAGAAAUUGUAACUGCUGCUCCUUCUAAAGCUGCGGAGGAGCCAGUCAAAAGCCAGAAAGAAGAAUCUAGAAAAAUUUUGGAAAGAGUGGUAAAGAAUAUAAUGCAGAAAUAUGAUUCUAAUCCAGCUGAAUUCCAUAAAGCUAUUGUUACUGCUGCUGUCAAUUAUCAAAACUUAAACAAUGAUCGAGAAAUAUUGGCGGCUUUGAAAAAUUUUGGAAAAACAAAUAUGUUCAAAUAAACUGAUUGGUAUUUCUGACAGGAAACAAAGUUUCUUUUCUUUUUCCCAUUUUUUUAAUAGAAUACUCAUGUUGAAUGCCUUUACUAAGACUAUGCAAGUAUGAUAGUUUUAAUUGUAAAUAGGCUUCUAUUAAUUCUAUCAUUGUGAUAAAGACUUAUAAAGCAAUAAUAUUACCCACAUAUUAGAAUAUACAAAACUUUAUUCAUGAGAACAAAUAUGUUCAAAUAAACUUAUUCCUAUUUCUGACCAGAAACAAAGUUUCUUUUUCCCAUUUUUUAAAUAGAAUACUCACGUUGAAUGCCUUUAUUAAAACUAUGCAAAUAUAAUAGUUUUAAUUGUAAAUAGGGUUCUAUUAAUUCUGUCAUUGUGAUAAUGUAAUGUAAUAAUAUUACCCACAUGUUAGAAUAAAUAAAAUUUUAUUCAUGUACUAGUUUGUAAUGCUUUCUUAACUUGACUUCUUAACUCAUUAAUGCCUUUCAAUUUUUAUGAGGAAUGUGUUCAACACUUUUCUAUUUCUAACCAAAAAGUUAUUUGGAAAGGAAAGAAAACUAAGACAGCUGAACACAAUUACUUUUUUGUAAUUAAAGUUAUGUAUCUUUCAUUUAAAUUCAAAAGUAUGUGCAUGUAUUUAUAAAUAAGCAUUCGAAGCUAUACUUCUUUGGUAUGAUGGAAAAACUAAAAUUAUGUGUGUUAAAAAUUCAUAUAAGAUAAAUAUCAAUAUAGCAAAGAUAAUAUCAUUAAUAAAAUUUCAAUUUAUCAAUAGUAAUCAAUGAUUCAUUUGGAAUUGUGUCUUAUAGCUUCUCCUAGUAAUGACCAGAUUGGUACAUUUGCACUUCAUAUGUGUGAAAUAUUUUUAAAUAAAUGUUAACCAGAUGUCACAUGAAUACACCAUUAAUAAUGAUAUUAGCCAUGAUAAAGUAUCAUGUUGUGUAUUUUUGUAUAUCCUAGGCACUUAAUUUCCAUCAUUAAUGAACCAAAAGAAGUACAGUUUCAGAAAAAAAGUUAUGCUACUUCCAAGAUUUUUCAAUUUUAAUUGCACCAUUACAUAAUAAUGGAAUAUUGCUGCUAUAUAUAUGUUAUAAUUAUGGUAUAAUAAUUUAAUUUUUUUAUUACUCCACCUAUAUUUUUUAUAAAAAUACUCAUCAAAAUCAUAUCUUGCUACUAAAACAAUUUUUUUUUUUUUUCUUGUGCAAGUUUUCUUUCUUUGACAGUGCUUUAACUGAGUAUUAGUGCCUAUUAAAUAAUUCAAAUUAAGAAACACAAGUGUCCUUGUUUAUAUUUUUGUUUGAAUUUAUGCCCCAUUAUUUCUACUCAGUUCAUUUUGUAUAUACUAGUUAGUAUUAUUUUUAAUGCCGCUUAUCUGUAAGCAUCUCAAUAUUAUUUUGUUAAUGCAAAUACCUAAUCUUUUUAAAGAUUGCCCAUAAAAAAAUGCGUAUUCAAGUAACAAAGAAUUUCAAUUUUUGAAACAUUAUUAUUUGUUACUUCAUUGCACAUAAAUUGAAUUUCUAAAGCUAAUGGCAUGAAUUCAUUAGUUUAUGUAAGAGAAACUGUUGCUACUUCCUGUAUAUAAUAUGGCAGUCACUAAAUUAAUUUUAUAAAAGUUUUUCACAAGUAGUUUGUUUUCUAUAUAAUAAUUUAAAGAAAAGAAAUUAACCUUGUAAUUUGAAAAGAUAUGUUAUUUUUUUCAAAAACCAUGCACACAUACCACAAUUUUUAAGGACUUUAAUCAAUAUUCACCAAUAAUUUAAGCUAAAAACAUACCAGCAAGUUACAAUUAAAAGAAAAAAAAUGCAAUAAAUACAAUAUUUAAAAUAUUUUGAAUGUUUGACAAAACACCUCACUUCUCACCUAAAAUUCUCUUCAUGUUGCUAAACUGAAACACAUACUCAAUAAUUUAAAUCCCUCAGUUCAAAUGAUUCAAUAUGUAUUAUGAUAUUCACAUAGACUAUUUAAACAAAGCAUCAAAACAUUCAUUUUAAGCAUUAAUAAAGUACAUUUUUAAAAAAAUUAACAAUUCAUAUCCAAAAAACAUUCUGUGUAAAUCUAAGUAUUGAAAAAUAUAUUAUGUAACUUUCUUUUAUUGAAUAUUUUCUUAACUAUGCCUAACUACAAAGAAGCAUCUCUUUUCUUUCAUAAAAGAAAUAAGUGGCAGCUCUGACUGAAAUGGGGCUGCCAGUUUCAUUUCUGCCUUAUUACAAUACUUUAAUGGAAGAUCCUAAAUUUAUAUCCUUUUAAGGGUUUAAAUAAUUUACUAAGUUUAAAAUUAAAUGUGGAAUCUUUUAAUAAGCUCAUUCCCUCUUUUUAAGACAACAUAAUGCAAACAUGUAAUGUAGCUAGCCCACAAACAUGUACAAUCAACUUAUUCAUGUUUAUAUGAUAGAUUACAGUUAAGUAUAACAGACAAAUCAUACGUUACUGAGGAGAAAUGUGAUAAUCGAAAAAGUAAAUUACUGUUUGUAAAACUGUUGCAUUUCAAUUGAAAUUUCCUUUUAAUAAAAUAUUAUUAUAUCUUACUAUUAUUUUCUUCUUUUUAUAUGUGUAUGAAAUCUUUUUCUUGGAAGUAGCUAGAACAUACAUUUUGUAGCAAGUAAGAGUUAACUUCAACGAAUACAUGUGCCAUGUUUUCUAGGAACUAUAUUUUUGGCUAUGUAUAUGGAGUAUGUUGAAUGAAUAUGUUUGUAUCCCUGGCUUUGAUAUGUAUGUUAUUAAAAGGUUAUAUGUAUGUUAUCUUGUAAAAAAGUAUAUUUUCACCCAGAAAUUAAAUUUUAAAUAAUUUCUUUCGAUAUUUAAGCAAUUAAAUUAGAGCUAUCACUUAUGUCACAACUUCUCAAUUCUUAAAGACUUUGACAUGUUGUAUUAGAAAAUUUUAAUAAAAAAAUUUACUGAGGUUUGUCAUAUACUGUUCUUAAAAUAAAACUACAAAUAUGCAUGU